AUGUCAAGCUUCAUCUCUGCGCUCGUUAUCUUCGCCAUGUCCAAUGCCGCCGUGUCUCGACCUCUUCUCAACCUUGGUCGAGAUGAUUUCAGUCCAGCUCCCACCUCAGCUGGACCAACUGACCAAAGGAGUCUUUGGGAUAUUAUCUGGGGGUGUCUCAUUACUAUCUUCGCGUGUACCUGGGUCUCCGUACACCCCAACAUACCAGCGUCCCACGAUCGACGGUGGGCUGUCUCAGCGAGGCGUUUUAAAAUCAUGCUCUGUGCUGUAAUUGCGCCUGAGCUUGUCAUUAUUUGGGCAAUGAGGCAAUGGUGUUUCGCCCGUCGGGUGGCGAAGAGAUAUAGAGCACGGAAUUGGUCGAUGACUCACGGAUUUUUCAUCCAAAUGGGGGGUUUCAUGCUUUGCUGGGAUGGAAAGGAGGUUUCUCCGCUUACUUUGGAAGAAAUGGAGCUUCUCUAUAGCCGCGGAACCAUUGACUUCCCCGACAUCACCCAGAGGCAAAUUGAGGACAAAAGCAAAGGUGAUGGCCUUUCAAAGAGUUUGGUCGUUCUCCAGACGUUGUGGUUUGUGGUUCAAUGUGUUGCGCGGGCAAUAUCAGGAAUGGUCAUCACGGAAUUGGAGCUCGUCACCCUGGGUUUCGCUGUUUUAAACGGCGUCUUGUACUUUUUGUGGUGGAACAAACCGCUUAAUGUACAAUGUCCUGUUCCCGUCCACUGGAAAGCACCCCCGCCAUCUUAUAUCCUCCGUGGUCAAGUGGUAGACCACCGCGAGGCGAGCAAGUUCGUUGAAAUGGUGGAAGUGGAAAAUGUUAGCAGGGUACCCGGAAAGAGCAGAUUUUCGACGGAUUUCGCAAGAACGCCCGAGGAGACGAGAAGGGAUGCAAUGCUCUCACAACCAUCCAAUGAUACCCUGGCGGGAUCGAUUCACGUUCAAGACCACUGGCCGCCACCACAAGGGUCGGCUGGGCAGAUGUCUAGUCUUUCGCGCGCCAUCAAGCGCGCAGCAGGCGCCGUCCGUUUCGUUGUCUUCUCCGCUUUCGUUCGUCCGAUGAGCGACAUGAUUGGCUCAGGGGAAGCUACUUCUGUCAAGCCAGAGGCGAAAAGGGUACCAACUUUCCACGCCAGGGAGGUUACGCCAACGGAGAGCUUUGCGAUGGGGUUCACCUCAUCAACUCUCGCGACGAUCUUUGGUGGGAUCCACUGUAUUGCCUGGUCAUUCUCGUUUCCAACCGUCGUGGAGAGAACAAUAUGGCGUAUAGCUUCUUUGGCUAUCACUUCCAUUCCUUUCAUCAUGCUUGCUCUUUUUUUCUUACUUAAUUUUGGUUACAGUCAUGAUUUGAAGAUGUCUUCAGUAGGUCAGGCGGUUAGGUUGUUCGUAGACCUCGCGACGUUCAUCGUCGUCAUGAUCUAUGUGAUUUCUCGACUCAUCCUGUUGGUCCAAGCCUUUUUGGCUUUGAGGGCCCUUUCUCCCGGUGCAUACGACGCAAUCCAAUGGACCCAUUUCGUACCGCAUUUGUAA